AUGCCGGGGAGACCUCUACUACAUUUUUGGGGACCAGUUGCAAAUUGGGCCAUUCCUUUGGCAGCUAUAGGGGAUUUCCAGAAAGACCCAGAACUGAUCAGUCCAUACAUGACCCCAGCCCUCAUUGGUUACUCCUCGGCCUUUGCCAGGUUUGCAUGGAUGGUUAAACCUCGAAACCUGCUGCUCUUGGCGUGUCAUAUGACCAACAUUACUGCCCAGUGUGUCCAAGCCUGUAGAUACGUCAACUACUUCUAUUUAACAAAGCCAGAGGAUAGGAAGAAGCACCACAUAGAGGUGGUAGAGAAAGAGAUUCACUCCCACCCCGAGCAGUACCCCAAGGUCCACAUCAAGGACCACCCCUCCCCCAGGGAACAGGUGGAGGAGGUCAAGGAAUUCGACGCAGCAUACAAACUCCCAAAAGAAACCCCCAUCAUUACUUAACUUAGAUGUCUCUUAGAAGAACUUAUUAAUAUCAAGGAUUUUUUAUUUUUAUUUAUGUUAUUUGUUUUGUACAAUCAACUUUAUUGAUGAUAAUUUAAAAGAUGUCUUUUUUAAAAUCAAUUUUGACAGCUAGGGCUUAUACAUGUGUAAAAGGGCAAUAAAAAAUGAGAAAAAUGAUAAAAACAAAAAUUAUUAAAUAAUGACAGACUCUUUUACAGAAGCAAAAUCCCUUUCAGUAAUGAAUAUAUAUUUCAUGUUUUAAGUCUGCUGUUUAGAAAUAUAUGUUAUUUACACUAAUCUCAGUCAGAAACCUUUAUUUCACAAUAAUGAUAUGAACCAGGGUAUGAAAUUGUUCAGAAUAAGACAUUUUGGUGAAGCCAUAUACUGGUUUGUAAACACCUAUCCCUGUGAUAUUUCAGUGCGCAUUACCUAAUGAACUUAACCAGUUUGGGAAUAACUUAUCAUUUUUACUAACUUUCUUCAUCAAUUUUACUCAGUUAGUCAGAUUUUGUUUGCAUGUAAUAUAAAUGUUGAUUAGACCAAAAUGCACUCAUUUUGAAUGGGAUUUUUUAGGUCUAACUUGAUGCCAGGAGUUUUCAUUUUUAUUUUAUAAAUAUAUUUUUUGGUUUAGCAUAUAUUGAUUUGAGAGGGAUAGUGCAAAUGAGUCUUGCAUAUGAUUAGCAUUAAAAGAAGUGCUUAGCAGCUUUGUUGAAUUGUAAGUUACAGUAUUAUUUGGAUGAAUAAAAUAAGAAACAAUUAAGUUGGGUUUCAUUUCUGCACAACAUUGAAUCAUUAUUAAAGGUAUACCCGGUAUGCAAUUAACAUUUUAAAUAAAUGUCAUUUACCAUGCCUAUCAUCUGUUGUACCUUAAUAGCAAAUGUACAGUACAAAUAUCAUGCAUGUUUAGUUAUUUAAUCAGAAAUACAGUCUUGAUAAAAUUUUAUUCCAUGUUUUGAUGGAAAAUUGAUGAUUGUAAUUCUUUCAGUGCACUUGUUCAAUCACUGUAUUUUCACAGUAGGUUUUAGUUUGAUAUUUGUAAGUGUAGUGCUACAUGUGUGUUGAAAUAUGAACAUGGGUAAUGGUUGUAGGAGUUAAACUAUGAAAAAUAAAUGCAAAAUUGAUGAAUUCAAUCAUUAUUGAAUGAAGAAUAAAAAAUAUGUGUAUAAAUGGAGACUGUCAUAUCACACAGUAAUAUCAGAAUGGUGAAGGGCAUUAAAAUAAGCAGAUCGAAUGUAAU